AUGGCUCUGAAUAGUAGCGCUGAUAACUAUGGUAGUGAUAUCAAAAUGGUCGUAUGGUCGUACUUGGCACAAUCUGGCCUUCCUACUCGGUUGCGCCCUGUGAAGCGGUAUUUAGACAAGUAUCCUGACGUUCCCACCCUCAUAGGGUCUUUCACAUUCAAGGACGGCUCCAUUGGUAGAUUCCGAGCGACGACAGGAGAGCUUCUCAGUCGUACAUAUAUCAAUGAUGAGGGGGACGUUGUCCACGAGCUCCAUGAUGAUCCCGUGUACGACCUGUUGUUCCCAGCCAACACUGUACGGAAUGCACCUCGGACGGUGUUCUCAGCAAUACAGCGUCAACGCGGAACUAUCGUGUGUGAUACUUUCAGCUGUAGAGUGACUGAAGUCAUCGAUGGUGGCUCUGUAUGUCUCUACGACACUGUUGAUUCUUCCUCCUCCUCCUCUCCACGGUUGGCUUUCCCCUCGGACGCCGUUCUCGUCGAUGACAAGUUCAUUUUGGUAGCCGAUACUUCGAAUAACAGAAUUGUGCAGUUUGAUACUGAGCAUCCCGAGAGCCCAGGUGAAGUCGUUUUGAGCGGUUUGUGCAGGCCGACUUGCCUCGCUUUUGAUGGUCAUCUUUCGAUGCUUUACAUCGUCCUCCUCACCACACAGGUCUUUGCUUGGAGAUACGGCACACCCUCGCACAAUCUGACUCAACUCGACAAGAACGCUAUCGGCCGGGAAGCCUCGAUUCAGCAGUUGGAUGCAAUAGGCUCUGGCCGUCUCCUCGCAAGCAUGCGUUUCGGUGGCAAUAAUGUUGCCGUUAUUUUGGAACCGGAUUUCGACUGA